AUGCCGCUGCCGCCGCCCGCCGCCGCCAAACAUGAGACUCCGGAGCCGCCGCCGCCAGAGCCGCCGCCGCGCCCGCCCCGCGCGCUGGACGGGGAUCCGGGGGACCCCGCGGGCCGCCCCCGGGACGAGACCCCCUAUGCCAUCAUCGAGCCCCCGGCCCCCCGCGCCGAGCCCGCGGCCCGCAUGGAGGAAGCCGCCGCCAGCGCCAUCGUGGUGCGCAUCGGGAUCCCCGACCUGCAGCAGACGAAAUGUAUGCGGCUAAAUCCUGAUGUUCCUGUCUGGGUCUCCAAACAGCGCAUUCUCUGUACCUUGAACCACAGCCUGAAGGAUGUUCUGAACUAUGGGCUCUUCCAGCCAGCCUUCAAUGGCAGGGCUGGAAAGUUCCUGGACGAGGAGCGACUGCUGAGGGAAUACCCUCUGAAUCCAGACACUCCUGUCCCCUACCUGGAGUUUCGGUACAAGAGGCGUGUGUACACCCAGAGUCUGCUGGAUGACAAGCAGUUUGCCAAGCUCCACACAAAGGCAAAUCUGAAGAAGUUCAUGGAGUACGUGCAAAUGCUAAAUGUGGAGAAGGUCUGCAGACUGCUGGAGAAGGGACUGGACCCCAACUUCCAUGAUCCGGACACUGGAGAAUGCCCUCUGACAAUGGCAGCCCAGCUGGAGCACAGUGCCGAGAUGAUCAAAGCGCUGAAGAAUGGAGGAGCCCAUCUGGAUUUCAGGACUCGGGAGGGAAUGACAGCUCUUCAUAAGGCUAUCCGGUGCCGGAACCACAUUGCCCUGAUGACACUCUUAGACCUGGGUGCCUCCCCGGAUUACAAGGACAGCCGAGGAUUAACUCCUUUGUACCACAGUGCCAUGGUUGGAGGGGACCCAUACUGCUGCGAGCUUCUGCUUCAUGACUAUGCCAAGGUGGGCUGUGUAGAUGAGAAUGGCUGGCAAGAAAUCCACCAGGCGUGUCGCUAUGGCCAUGUGCAGCACCUGGAGCAUCUUCUCUUCUAUGGAGCCGACAUGACUUCACAGAAUGCCUCAGGAAACACGGCGCUCCAUAUCUGCGCUCUAUAUAAUCAGGAGAGUUGUGCGCGGGUCCUCCUGUUCCGUGGUGCAAGCAAAGAGAUUCGGAACUACAACAGCCAGACAGCGUUCCAGGUGGCCAUCAUUGCAGGGAAUUUUGAACUGGCUGAAAUCAUCAAAACCCACAAAGAGUCUGACGUUGUGCCUUUUAGAGAAACUCCCAGCUAUACAAAGAGGAGACGGAUCACUGGCGCAGGCGGCCUCUCCUCCCCCCGCAUGCUGCAGCGUUCUGCCAGCGACAACAAUUUGAAAGCCGAGAGCCACCCGUCCUACUCACCAGUGCCCUCGCUCCGCAGCCUGCCCCCACAGCUGCUGGCACAGAUGCAGGAAGCUGCUGUUGGGGCAGGGGUGGGGGACAGUAGCCUGGCGAGCACGGGCAGCUCCCGGAGCACUCACAGCCGCUCCCCAUCUCUGCAGCGCGUGCAGGAAGAGAAGGAGGCCGACAUGCACACACUCAGGAGAAGCAGCCGAGGCAAGGCCAGCCCCAGCGGCGGCCAGGGCGCCCCCUCGGGGCCGGGGCCGGGGCCCGAGCCCGCCCGCCACGCCGCGCCCGCCGCCCUCCGCGGGCCCAAGCGCAAGCUGUACAGCGCCGUGCCCGGCCGCAGGUUCAUCGUGGUCAAGAGCUACACGCCGCAGGGCGAGGGUGAGAUCCAGCUGAACCGGGGCGAAGCCAUCAAGGUGCUCAGUAUUGGUGAGGGUGGCUUCUGGGAAGGAACCGUGAAAGGACGGACCGGUUGGUUCCCGGCAGAAUGCGUUGAGGAAGUGCAGAUGCGACAGUAUGACCCACGGCAAGAAACGAGAGAAGACAGGACAAAGCGUCUCUUCCGACAUUACACUGUGGGUUCAUAUGACAACUUCACCUCCCACAGUGACUACAUCAUCGAGGAGAAGACGGCCGUGCUGCAGAAGAGGGAGCAUGAGGGAUUCGGGUUUGUGUUGCGAGGGGCCAAAGCGGAGACUCCAAUUGAGGAGUUCACCCCGACUCCAGCCUUCCCAGCGCUCCAGUACCUGGAGUCAGUGGAUGUGGAAGGUGUGGCCUGGAAAGCAGGACUUCGCACGGGAGACUUUCUGAUUGAGGUGAAUGGUGUGAACGUGGUAAAGGUAGGGCACAAGCAAGUGGUGUCGCUGAUCCGGCAGGGGGGAAACCACCUGGUGAUGAAGGUCGUCUCUGUCAGCCGCAAGCCAGAAUCAGAAGAAGUCGUCCGGAAGAAGGCCCCACCGCCUCCCAAGAGAGCCCCCAGCACCACUCUGACGCUGCGCUCCAAGUCCAUGACGGCCGAGCUGGAGGAACUAGCCUCGAUGCGGAGGAGAAAAGGGGAGAAACUGGAUGAGAUCUUGGCAGCAGCUGAGCCCUCGCUGAGAGCAGACAUUGUCGAAGCAGAUUCCAGGGCAGCCACUGUGAAGCAACGACCCACGAGCCGGCGCAUCACGCCAGCGGAGAUCAGUUCACUCUUCGAACGCCAGGGAAUGGCAGCUCACUCGGGAGCUCUCCCGGGGGCUGAGAAACCCCACGUGUCCCUACGCAAAGGAAUUCCCCGGACAAAAUCUGUAGGUGAAGAUGAGAAACUUGCUGCUUCUUUGAUGGAUGGGAAAUUUCCUCGGAGCACGUCAAUGCAAGACACCGUCAGGGAAGGGCACGGAAUCCCACCCCCACCUCAGACGGCUCCGCCCCCUCCUCCGUCUCCAUAUUACUUUGACACAGGCCCUCCCCCAUCCUUCUCCCCACCUCCACCUCCGGGAAGGGUUUAUGAUACCAUAAGAUCGAGCUUUAAGCCAAGCCUGGAGGCCAAACUCCAUGGCCUCCCCCAGGUUAUCAGUGCAGCUGAGAUGUAUGACCAGGCAAGGACUUCUAUCCCGUAUCCUGAAAGGCAAAAGAGAGCCCGAUCCAUGAUAAUCCUGCAGGACUCCUCUCAUCUUCCGGUAGAGCCAACAGAGAUCCCCCGGCCUGGCCCUUCCGCCACGCCCCCGGAGAAGCUGAAAAGGAAAGGGCGAGUGAUUGAUAACCCUUACGCCAACAUGGGCCAGUUCAACGUGAGCCUGUUUGCUCCCACCAAGCCCCAGAGGAAGAAGAGCCCUUUAGUGAAGCAGCUGCAAGUAGAGGACGCUCAGGAAAGAGCAGCUUUAUCCAUCACAGGAGGCUUUAUGCGGGAGCCCUCUCCCACACGCCGGAGCCAUCGCAUGAGUGGCAUAGAGUAUCAGCACCACGCUGGCAUCGCUCAGGUCGACCCCUCGAGCAUCCCCUUUGCCACUGCCAUCGCUGGAGUCAUGAAGGACAGAGAGCGUCGUCUUGAUGAGAGGCGGAAAUCCACUGUCUUCCUCUCGGUUGGGGCCAUUGAAGGGAGCCCCCCCAGCAUUGACAUGCCAUCCCUGCAGCAGUCCAGGUCUAUUGAUGAGCGGUUGUUAGGAAGCCGAGAUGUGCUGCUGCCUUCACCUGUCUCAGCUUUAAAGCCAUUAAUUAGCAGCUCUUCCUCAACAUUCAUCCACCCCCUAACAGGAAAGCCCCUAGAUCCAAACUCACCACUGGCGCUUGCGCUGGCCGCAAGGGAGCGGGCCCUGUCCACUCAAGUCCCAUCCAGGUCGCCCACCCCAAUCCACAGCCCAGAUUCAGACCGAGCAGCACCCCUGUUUGUGGACGUCCAAACCAAAGAACCAGAAAGGGGGGAGCUAGAGGGCCUAGUGUCACCUGCAUAUUCGCCUGGAGCCAAAGGGGCAGUAGGAGCAGCUCCUGGGACUUUGGCCCCUACGAAAAGCCACUGGGGGACUCCAACAACACUGAGAAAAGAGACUGAGACAAGAGCAGAAACACCUGUGAAAGAAGAGAAAAAACACGAAGACAAGAAAUCUAUGAUCAUUAGUAUUAUGGACACAUCACAGCAGAAGACAGCCGGCCUCAUCAUGGUCCAUGCAACAAGUAAUGGCCAAGAGGAGAUAGGACUUGAGAUGAAAGAGGAGAAACCAGAUGUUCCUGAAGCAAGCGUGGAGCCGGCAGAGCUGCCCAAAGCGGAGACUGAGCCCAGCCCUGUGGGAAAGUCUCCGGUUAGCCCAGCAUCUGACAAGACACUUGGUCAAGGAAGUUCAGAGGAGGAAGUGGAGCCCUACACAGUUACCCUCCCACCAGCUCAGCUGUCUUCAAGUGAUGAAGAGACCAGGGAGGAACUGGCCAAGAUUGGGCUGGUGCCUCCACCAGAUGAGUUUGCAAAUGGGGUACUAGUCACCACCCCUGGCACACCAAUCAGCCAACUGGCUAAGCCUAGCACGCCAUCCAUACCAGCGGCAGCAGUAGCACCUUCUACCACUGGUGGAACACCCUCAGGGAAGCCCUCUGAUGCCCCCGUAGCCCCAGAGUCUGCUGCAGACUCAGGAGUAGAAGAGGUGGACACCAGAAGUUCAAGUGACCAUCACCUGGAGACCACAAGCACCAUCUCUACAGUCUCCAGUAUGUCUACAUUGUCCUCUGAAAGCGGGGAGCCUACUGACACAUACACUUCCUUUGCGGAUGGACAAACUUUUAUACUCGAGAAGCCACCAGUGCCUCCAAAGCCAAAACUCAAGUCCCAGCUCAGCAAGGGGCCAGUUACUUUCAGGGACCCACUUUUGAAGCAGUCUUCGGACAGUGAGCUCAUCUCCCAGCAACACGCGGCUACUCUGGCUUCAGCCAGUGUUGGUCGGCCACGCUACCUCUUUCAGAGAAGAUCCAAGCUAUGGGGGGACCCCAUGGAGAGCAGGCCAGUCCACGGGGCUGAGGAUGACAAACCAACUGUGAUCAGUGAGCUAAGUUCCCGGUUACAACAGCUGAAUAAGGAUACACGAUCACUGGGGGAGGAACCUACCGGGCCCCCUUUAGAUCCUGGGAAGAAGUCACCUGUGAUCGCAGCACGACUUUUCAGUAGUUUAGGAGAACUCAGCACCAUUUCCCAGCGGAGCUCCGGAACCACCUACACAGUUCGACCUGGCAGCCGCUACCCUGUAACCCGACGUACUCCCAGUCCAGUGAAACCUGCCCUGGAUAGGACAGACCCUCUCAGCACCGUGCGGCCCUAUGGAUUGACACCUCCCACCAUCCUCAAAUCUUCCAGCCUCUCCAUCCCGCAUGAGCCCAAGGAGGUGCGCUUUGUGGUGCGGAGCGUGAGUGCCCGGAGCCGCUCCCCAUCCCCCUCGCCCUCUCCCGGGCCCCCCCUGCACACUCUGCACCCACCGCGGCCCUUCAUGCAGAAACCCCUCCACCUGUGGAACAAAUACGAUGUAGGGGACUGGCUGGAAAGCAUCAAUUUGGUGGAGCAUCGAGACAAGUUUGAGGACAAUGAGAUUGAGGGCACACACUUACCUGCCCUCACCAAGGAGGACUUUGUGGAGUUGGGGGUGACACGUGUGGGGCACCGCAUGAACAUUGAGCGAGCACUCAAACAGCUGGUAGACAGUUGA